UGUUCAUGCUCAGCCUGUCACUACUGUCGGUCUGCCUGCUGCGUCCCUCUCUCUUUAACUCAACGUCAAAACACACGCGAUGUCAGCCGCCAGCACCGAGACGAGCGCCCAGUUGCCCGCGUCCGCCAGCCGGGUGUUCUUCCAGCCGCCGGCCGGGGUUGGGUGCGCUGGUUCCGGCCCCAUUCCGCGGGAUGACCCGGUCCAGAGGAAGCAGGGGAAAGUGACGGUGAAGUACGACAGGAAGGAGCUGCGGAAGAGACUGAUACUGGAGGAGUGGAUCAUUGAACAACUCAGCGAUCUGUACGACUGUGAGGAAGAGGAGAUGCCGGAGGUAGAGAUAGAUAUUGAUGACCUGCUGGAAGUCAAUAGUGAAGAUGAGAGAGCUGUCAAACUACAGGAAUCCUUAACAGACUGCUAUAAACCCACGGAGGUCUUUGUCAGGGAGUUGUUAGGGACCACAGGAUGA